GUCAACUAAUUUGCCGAGAGUGGCGCUAGCAGAAAACUCCCUUAUAAUUACAUUAUUAUUAUGACAGAAGUGGAACUCACAGUAUGAGAAACAUGAUUUCAGGAGCUUCACGGCUGCAGAUUCAAGCCCCAGUUGCUUCUUAUCUCAUGGAACUAUCAGUUCAAUCAUUUGCAGUGGCUGUGAUCUGUGUCCUAACAGUCACAUUGACGUGGAUGGUGUUGAAUUGGUUGUGGCUUAGGCCAAAGAAGCUCGAGAAAUGCCUGAGACAGCAAGGCCUAACGGGCAACUCAUACAGGUUCUUAUUCGGUGAUACGAAGGAGAUCUCUCGAUCGAUGAAACAAGCUCUCUCUGCUCCCAUCACUCUCUCCGAUGACAUUUGCCCAACAUCCAUCACCGCCUAUCAUUCUGUCAAGAAACAUGGUAAAGAUUCUUUUGUUUGGAUUGGUCCCAGGCCUAGAGUGACCAUCAUGAAGCCGGAGCAGUUAAGGGUCAUCUUCAACAAUCUGGAAGAUUUCCAGAAGGAAGAUCUUGUUCCACUUGUGAAGCUGUUGGCGAAUGGUUUAGCGAGCCACAACGGGCAGAAAUGGGCCAAACAUCGAAAACUAGUCAACCCAGCAUUUCACCUUGAGUGCUUGAAGAACAUGGUGCCUCUAUUUUACGCGAGCUGCAGUGAGAUGAUAAACGAGUGGGAAAAUAUGGUCUCUGGAGAAGGAUCCCCUGAAUUUGAUGUAUGGUCUUAUCUUGAGAAUUUGACGGGUGAUGUGAUUUCAAGAACAGCAUUUGGUAGCAGCUACAAGGAAGGGAGAAAAAUAUUCCAGCUCCAGAAAGAACAAUGCAGCCUCGCCACAGAAGCUAUGCGAUCAUUUUACAUACCAGGAUGGAGGUUGCUACCGACUAAACUGAACAGGAGGAUGAAGAAAAUCGACAUGGAAAUGCGGUCCCUAAUCAAAGGGAUGAUUAGCAAAAGAGAAGAGGCAAUGAAAACCGGAGAGAGUAUGAACAAGGACUUGUUAAGCUUACUUGUAGGCUCCAAUAUGAAAGAACUUACAGAAAACUGGGGCCACAACAACGUUGGGAUGAGCACUACUGAUGUAAUUGAGGAGUGCAAACUGUUCUACUUAGCCGGGAAGGAGACAACGACAUCUCUUGUUGUGUGGGCACUGAUUUUUCUGAGCACACACCAACAAUGGCAAGCCAGAGCAAGAGGAGAAGUGCAAGAAAUCUUCGGGAACAAGAAACCCGACUUUGAAGGAAUAUCUCUCCUUAAAAUUCUUUCGAUGAUCUUGUACGAGGUUCUUCGAUUGUACCCUCCGCAAGUUACUUUGGUCCGAACAGUUCAAAAGAAGACCGAGAUUGGAGGGUUAUCACUGCCUCCGGGGGUGCUGCUCUACCUACCCACAAUCCUUAUCCACCGAGACCAAGAAUUGUGGGGCGAUGAUGCCGAGGAAUUCAAACCGGAGAGAUUUUCUGAAGGAAUCUCCAAGGCUACAAAGGGACGAGUGUCGUAUUUCCCAUUCGGGUGGGGCCCUCGCCUCUGCGUAGGGGAAAAAUUUGCGCUGCUGGAAGCGAAAAUGGCUCUUGUUCUGAUUCUGCAGCAUUUCGAGUUUGAGCUGUCUCCGUUGUAUAUCCAUGCUCCGGUCACUGUUAUAUCUCUUCAACCAGAGCAUGGCGCGCAUGUUGUUUUCCGUAAGGUGACAAACUGCUGUAGCAACUGAGUAUUAAUUAACUAGAUACCAUUGCAAAGGGGAUGUACUAUUCGGUGUGUUCUGUAUCGUGCGAACUGCUUGGUCUUUUAUGAUAGCCAUUUCAA